CGCGACGGAAGCAGCCGGCUAUCGCGCGUGGAGACGAAGGUGUGUUAAUAAAGAUGAAGCUGAGUCUCUCCAAAGUAGUUGGUGGCUGUCGUCUUGGCACACUAACAAGCCUUGGCAGGAAAGGGGCUCAGUCCAUGGAGAUUCCAGGUUGUCUACUUUACACCAAAAUGGGAUCGGCACCACACCUGACCCAUGACACUCUGCAGAUGGUCGAAGGCGUUCCUGUGGUGGCACAGCUUUCACUUUCAGGACUGGCAGAUCUUCAUGAGGUCUUGGCGGAAUAUAAAGAAGGAAUUGGAAAGUUCAUAGGUAUGCCAAAAUCAGUACUGUACUGUUCCCUUCAUGAUCCAGUUACCUGCUGCCCACCUGGCUACAACAACAACAAGACAGUUUCUAUAUGGGGAUUCGGCGGGCGGAUGGAAAUGACCGCAUCGAAGUUCAUGGCCAUCCAACAAGUUAUCCAGCCAGACUGGUUCCAGUGUCUCUCGGAUGGAGACACUAUUGCUGGAGAAACCUCCAAGAAGAGGGCCAAGAAGUCUGUGGAUCGAUCGCUGUCCUUUUUGGAUGAGUGUCUACAAUUGCAAGAGAAAUCUCCAGAAUUGCAACAGAGUUUGAUGAUUGGGGUUAUCGAAGGUGGUGAUGUGUUGGAGGAGAGGCUGAGAUCAGCCAGGGAGACUGCCAAAAGACCCGUGGCUGGCUUCCUACUUGAUGGCUUUCAGGGAAAGGCCAUGGUUAAGGAGACCAAGCUGAAACUCUUGUCCUCGGUUACAGCAGAGCUGCCAGAAGAUAAACCAAGACUCAUCCACGGUAUUGGCAGGCCAGAUGAAGUUCUAGAUUGCAUUGAAAGAGGGGUGGAUGUUUUUGAGAGUUGUUUCCCUUACCAGGUGACUGAGCGGAGCUGUGCUUUGUCCUUCAGCUAUGAUUUUCAUCUGAAUCCUGAAACAGCAGUCGCAAAAGAAAAUGGACAAACAGAUGUGGAGAAGAAGGAAAAUGAAAAAACAAAUGAAACAUUCAGUGGAGCUGAAGAAAUUACUUCAUUUGAAAUAUAUUUGAAAGACAAAAGGUACGAGGAUGAUUUUGGGCCUUUAGUGAACGGAUGCUCAUGCUACUGCUGUCAGAAUCAUAGCCGUGCUUACGUCCAUCACCUUCUCAUGACCAAUGAGUUGUUAGCUGGCGUCUUGCUGAUGAUGCAUAACUUCCAGCACUAUUUCGGGUUCUUCUGUUCUGUCCAAGACGCUCUGAAGAAAGACAGGUUGGAACAGUUGAGGACAAUCAUCAGCAGGCAGGCACUUUGAGGCGUGAAAUGGAUAACAAGUAGAGGGAGAAAAAGAAUCCAUGAAGCAAGACACUCCAUAUUUUGCCUACCAGCAGUCUCAUGUCAUCUGAAGCACAACCCUUCUGAUCCCUGCAAGUCCCUGCUGGAGUGCUUUCCUCACUAGUCACUCUAUUAAAAGAACCAAAAAAUAUAAGAGCCGAGGACAGUUUCAAAGAUAUCCAG